AUGAGUUUCCCCGCCAGUGGUCCGCAGCCCACGGCUGGCAUCAACCAAGCAUCUUCCAGCUUUGAUGCAGAGAAGAAUGGCCCCAUUGUUGGCCAGUCCGGCAGCCAGGAUGCCAUCAGCAACACGGAUUCAGACACCAACGAGUACGACAUCGAUGGCGAGAAAGUCCAGGAAUUCCAGAAAGGUGUUGAGCGCGUGCGAAUUAUCACCUCCAUCUGGAGUAAACCCACGCUCAUCAGCAUGCUUUGUCUAUUGUAUCUGAUCCAUUUCGUCGACAUGCUCCAGAAUUACAUCGACAGUGGUUUGAACGCGUACAUCACUUCUGAGUUCGGGGCCCACGGCUUGCUCACCGUCGGAUCCGUCGUUUCUACAUCUCUCGGUGGUUGUACACCACUCACCCUGGCGAAAAUCAUCGAUAUUUGGGGUCGUGUCGAGGGCUUCGUAUUUAUGCUUGUGGUCUGUGUCGCUGGCAUGAUUGUUAAGGCUCUUUGCAAGAAUGUCCAGUCCUACAUUGGUGGCCACAUCCUUUACUGGGUUGGUCAUAUCGGUCUCUUAUACGUUAUCGACGUCAUGUGCGCCGAUAUGACAACUCUCAAGAACCGCAUGAUCAUCUUCGGUCUCAAUACGACCCCCAGGAUUGCUGCAACCUUUGCUGGACCGAAGCUUGUCGAACUCUUCUACUAUGGCUCCGCUGGGUGGCGAUGGGCAUUCGGAGCUUUCAUCAUCAUCCUCGUCGCCUGCAGUAUUCCUGCCAUGGGUGUCAUGCUAUACAUGUACAGCAAAGCCCGCAAGCAAGGUUAUGCCAAGAAAGAAAGAUCUGGGCGCAGUCUCAUCGCAUCAUUGAAGCACUACUUCAUUGAGCUUGACAUCUUCGGCAUCAUUCUGAUCAUGGCCGCCUUCAACCUUUUCAUGCUGCCCUUCACUCUCCAGGCAUACGCCCCCAACGGCUGGAAGACCCCGUACAUCAUUGCCAUGAUCGUCCUCGGCUUUCUUCUGUUCCCUGUGUUUGGUCUGUAUGAGAAAUACGUCGCCCCGGUGCCAUUCCUUCCCUGGAAGUACCUCAAGGAGCCAACCAUCUUUGGUUCCUGUCUCCUUUACGGUGUCAUGUUCCUUUCGGUCAUGUGCUGGAACGGAAUGUACUACUCGUACCUGCAGGUUGUUCACAGGGUUAACAUCGUAGACGCUGGUUACAUUGUCAACGCCUUCGGUCUCACUUCUGCUAUUUUUGCAACCCCUAUCGGAAUCAUCAUCAGCCUCACGGGUAACUUCAAAUGGGUCGCGAUGGCUGGAGUUCCUAUCACCCUUCUUGGAACAGCUUUGUUGAUCCCAUUCCGUCAGCCUGACGCCCCUGUUGGUGUUCUAGCUUUCACCCAAGUCCUUGUUGGUCUCGGCACUGGCAUCUUCGCUACAUGUGGUCAGCUUGCGGUCAUGGCCCCUGUCACUCAUCAGCAGAUUGCGUCGGUGAACGCUCUUUGGGGUCUUUUCGGUGGUUUCGGCUCUUCCAUUGGCUUCUCCAUUGCAGGCGCCAUGUGGAACGGUAUCACUCCCGGCAAGCUUUACGAGCUUUUGCCCGAAGAAUCCAAAGACCAGUCUCGCCUUAUCUUCGGAAACCUGACCAUGCAGAUGGAGUUCCUCGAUGGCACACCUGAGCGUGCCGCCGUUGUUGGCGCGUACGCUCACUCCCAGCGCUUGAUGGUUAUUGCAGGUUCCGUCACCGUUCCUCUUUGCAUUGCCUCCAUUUUCAUCUGGAAGAACAUCAAUGUCAAGAAGCUGGAGGCCGAGCAUGGUAAGCAGACCAAGGGAACGGUCUUCUAG